CAGUUAAAUUCGAUGGAUUCUUCUCCAGAAAAUGAGCCACCAAGCCCUCGUCCGAGUACAAGUACUCAGUUAGACACAACUAUCAAUCCAGAAACUAUUGAAUUACUCAAAAAAGAUGAGUUGGCAGAGCGACGAUUGCUGUUUUUCGCACAAAAGAAGUUUGUUUUAGUGCUCGAUGAAAUCUUGAACAACAAAGUAGAAUAUGAUUUUUAUUCGAUUUACGUCGAUUUAAAAGAACUCAAUGAAUUUAAUGAAGAAUUGUACACAAGUCUCUUCCGCAAUCCCGCUGAGCAAUUCCAAUUUUGGAAGAAUGCGGCUCAAGCAGCUUUACAAAUCCACCUAAAAGCUCGUGACGACAUGCUGGAACCCGGAGCUUCGGUAAAAGUUAAUGUAACAGUUCGAUUUUUCAAUAAUCCCGUAACGGAAAAGAAAUUUCCUACUUAUCGCAAACGCGGAAAGUUGAUGCAAGUGCGCGGCAGAGUUCGUGGCAUGUGCCCAAAACGUCUCGUUGAGUAUCAGCGAGAAAUAAUUUGUCAAAAUGAGAAUUGUGGAGAAGUUUAUGUCGGCAGCAGCACUUAUCAUUCGCAUUACAACUUUGAAUAUCCCGACGAAUGUGAAAAAUGCACCGAUGAACUUGAUGCUCGUGACCAAGAUGACGUUGAGGACAUUGCUCGUUACUUCCACGAGAUCCAAGAGAUCGAAAUUGAGGAUUAUGAAGAUCAUCACAACUUCAAAAUGAAUCUUAAAGUCACACUAGAUGACGAUAUUGCCGAAACCAUCAGACUUGGAGAGAAAGUUUUCGUGUUUGGCACCCUUGAAAGGCGUCACAAGCCAACGAAUGAGGGCAAAGAGGCGUUAGUGGAAUAUGUCUUCAAAGCAAACAGCGCAACGCCAAUGCAACGGAGAAUCAAUUACAAUUUAACGGACGAGGAUCAGUUUAUGGUGGAAGAAGACUGGUAUAAUUUGCUUCACACAAAAGGAGAAUUUGCAGCAAGAGACGUACUCGUUGAGUCCUUUGAGCCAAACGUUUAUGCAAUGGCUUUGACGAAAUUGUUGAUCCUCACAUCGUUAGCCAGUUGCGUGAUAACUGAUGAAAAAUACCGACAACAAUCACACAUUAUGCUGAUUGGACAUUCGGGAUGCGCUAAAUCGAAUUUGUUGAUGAAAGCGAGUAAAAUGUUACCUGAUAGCUUCUUUGGAGGAUGUGCAAGUGUUUCUACAGCAGGACUUACUGUAGGUCUAACUCAAGAAGAUGGAUUCAAAAGUUACGAAUUGGGAAUCUUACCUAGCUGUGAUGGCGGCGUUUGUUGUCUCGACGAGUUCAAUAAUAUGUCAGAAAUGGAUAAGGGAGCAUGUCAUGAAGCCAUGGAACAACAAACGAUUCAUGUUUCAAAAUUCGGUCUCCACAUAAAAGUGAGAACCCGUUGUGUCAUCAUGGCUGCCUGCAAUCCCGACAAAUACAAAAUUUUUCGAAGAAAUAAUCUCGAUAUCCCAAUCGAAUUCAAAAUAAGUGGCGCCCUCAUGAGUCGAUUUGAUGCAAUUUUCGUCAUUCGUGACUUCAACAACGACGAACAUCAUCGUCCGAUUGCCGAUCGAAUCACCAAAGAUAUUUUGACCCCUGGACAUUACACUCCCCCAUAUUCCGAGGACCAACUACGAAGACAUUUGUUGAACGCAACGAAACUCCGUCCGACUGUGCGUGAAGGAGCUGAAACGAUUCUGCAUUGUUAUUACGUUCAUCUGGAGCGCGAUCCUGAAGUUGAUCCAAUACGGAAGACGCGACGUUGUCUUCAAUCGUUAACCCGACUUGCUAAAGCCUACGCUCGAUUACUGUUGAAAACGGAAGUAACCGAAUUGGAUGCUGUGGUGGUACUUUGUCUGAUUAUGGAGAACAGUUACAGCAACAAUCGUGAUUUUGAUCAUCGGAAUCCGCUUGAGAAAAAAUUGCCACUGGGACCGACACAAAAUGAGUGUAAGGAGAUUUUAAUGAAAAUUCGAUUACCGAAUUUUAUACCGGAAGUACUGAAGCAAUGGGAGGUCGCAAAUAAACCACAAACGACGACGACACAAUUUAGAGCCGGAACUCAGGCAACUAGAACCAAUUCGAAUGAAAACACAAAAGAACCUGAAUUUCGGAUGCCAACACAAAGAAAUCCUCGUCCAUGUUCAAGCAAAUCGACAGUCGACUCGGAAAAACAGACCAAAGAAGCCAUUAAGAAAAAAAUGGACGAAGAAAUCAAAAACGAAAAAAUAAGGCUUUCGCAAAAAUUUAACUCUGCGAUAUCCACAUAUACUCAAAAUAUUCAACUACCGGUCAGCGAUGAUGGAAUUGACUUCCUGGACCAACUUGAGAUGAUGCACAAUAGCGACGAUUGCAACGAGGUUCUGGAACCCCCACCGCUUAACAUCACAGAACCAGAAAAAAUGGAGGAAUCCGUAUCCCCGCCAUAUUCUCCACUCAGUUCGCCUCUUCCAGUCGUUGAAGAAAUCUCACCAGCAGCAAUCUCCGAUCCCGGUCCAUCAUUCAAAGACGUUUUAAAGCAAUUUUCUUUCUCACAAUUCAAAAAUAAGCGAGAAAUUCCAUCGCCAGUUGAUGAAUCAAUGGACGUUUCAUCGCCGAAGAAACCAAAACCCGUCGAAAAAUCAACAGAAAAUGAUUUGAAUGACAUAAAAUUCGAAAAUAUCCUCGAAAGCGUACGUGAUUCGUUCUCCGGAACACCAAGUGACCCAUCUAAAAAGAAAGAAACUGAAAAUAUGGAUUUCAGUGAACUGGAUAUCGAUGAAUCUAUCUUCGAUGAUGACUUUUGAUGGUUUAAAGAAUUAAAAAAAUGUGAAUUUAAAACUAUUAAAUUUAUUAAUUC